CCGAUACAGGUCAACGGCUUCGUCGACGGUGUCGAUCCGAGUCUGAAUAGGGAGGUUUGGAGCGAUACAAAUAACUCUCGACCACGGGGGUGGGUCAGAGUGACGGAGCGCAGUCCCCGCCAUGAUGGACGUGUCGCCCGAGAACGACGGCGACACAGGCGACAAUCCCAUCCCGACCGUGCCGAGAUUGGACACGGACCCGUCGCCGAUGCGCCGCAUCAACAAAAUCUACGUGACAACCCGCCGGGCGUCGGGCGAGUUGCAUCUCCAAUCGGUCCUCCAACACAUGGACCGCCGCCUCCAGGUCCUGCCGGACCUCGUGAUGUUUUCAGGAACGUUUGGGCUCAUGAUUCUGUCCGUGUGCGUCCUCUUGGUGCUACUGUCGCAAAAUAUGUUUGAGCGCCAAGUGAUCAAUUUGAACGCGCAGCUUGCCGACACGUAUCACUGGGCUCCCUACGGCCAGUCGUGUGUGUUGCGCGCCGACGGCUUUGUCCCGGAUUCAUGCGACAACCGGACCGCUGCCGUCGUCCCUUCUCACAUUUUUCCCAUCGUCGGCGCGGUGUUGGGAACGCAAUGGCUGGCCGAACUCAAGACCGCUGGGGGCGCGCUCUUCGUCACAACGUGCGUUAUUGGAGGCACGGUCGACGUCGGGUGGACCGACCUGCAGUUUCUCGCGGGGUAUGAUUCGUACCCCGACUGCUUGCCGACGGCGCCCCAAGACGUGGCUGGCAUCGCGAUGCUGGAGAGCACUGUUCGCGACGGCGAGGGCUACUAUUUGAUCACGCUGUUCGCCGACCUCGACAAAAGGAUGAAACAAUACGUGUAUGCCAACUCGGACGGCACGUCGCAAAACUUGAUCUCGAAGGUCCGGCGCAUUGUCAUCGCGGGGGACGGCAACGUUGGCAUGGAUGCGUUUGGCGGGACGAACAACGUCAUUACAUCCAAGCCUCUCGGCGAGCGGUACCUCGUGACGGGGUUUUGUGUGUCGGUGAUUCAAGAGCUCAGCGACGCCAAGGACAAGCUCGAGCUCACGGGGUGGAGUCAAGGUAGGGCAGGUCUUGUUGCGACGCGUGUGCUGUGUCCAUCAUCCAGCGUGUUUAUAUUCCACGACGUCGUCCCAGGCAAAUUCUCGGCGCUCCCUGUCGUCCCCGCGUGGAGCUGCGGUCACGUCGUAUCGAACGCGAGCGAACUCGUGGCAUUUCAAGCCAUCUUGUCGGUGCUGUCCCUGUGGUUCUUUGCGGGCGAUGUGUACAUCACGAUCGAAGGCCUGCGCGGUCUCUUUACAGGGAAGCCGAUCCUAAAGUACGCUGUGUUGUCGGGUCUGGAGCGGCGCAAGUUGCUCCUCGCGUGCAUCGUGGCCAACUCGAUGCCUGGUCUGCUUUACAUGGACGUGUCUCGAAUGUAUUUUCACUCGGUCAACGGGUUCAAGCUGUACGCGCUGUCGUCGAUUAUGGUGGCCAACUUUGUCGCGUUCGGGUCGCUUUUGGCGCUAAGUGUGGUCGACAUGCUCGUGAGCUACGUCAAGACAUUUUCGAUCUGCGUGGGGUACUCGGCCCCCGUCUUCAUUGUGAUGUCGAUUGUCUGGAUGGCUGCCGCGUGGUGCAACGACGACAACUUUCUCGACGCGUACAACAAAUUUUACACCGCCCCGUCCGUGAUCGGGUUUUGGGUGCAUGACGCGUACUAUGCCAGUGGCUCGUACGCUCCCGGCGGCACGUUGCCGAUAGCAAACUACUUGACCGAGUCGAUCUUGACCGCCGUGGGCUGCAGCUUUGGGGUGUCCAUUGCCAUCUCUUCGCUUCAUCGAUGGCUACUUCACAAGCAUUGGUUCGUCUCGACGGCGUGGGCUCAAUCCAACUCGCUGCUUCAAAAGUUGCGAUUGCCCAGCUUUAUCACGGCUCUGCCGCUGGACCCGUUCAACGCGAUCAAGAUCGGUAACACCAUGUACUGCAAGCCCAGUACCCUCGCUUUGAUGGGCUAUACAACUGUGGAACGAAAGAAGCAGGAAAUGCACUCGGUCAAGGAGAAUGACGGCGAGGAGCCACCGCAAAAGCCGCACUUUGUUGUGUCCAUUUACGCGCUCGUUCCAGCGCUCGUCCUGCCUGUAUCCCAAGUUCGAUCCAUCGGAGCGAUCAUGAAGAACCAAUUUGCACACGAAUCCAGAAAGUUGGAGCGCAAAGCAUAUCGAUACACGCGAGGUGGUUGUGUUGGUUAACGAAAUCGUCGUCGUUCCUGCCACCGC